AUGGCUCGUACGAAGCAGACUGCCAGAAAAUCCACCGGAGGAAAAGCCCCGAGGAAGCAAUUGGCGACGAAAGCGGCGAGGAAAUCAGCACCAGCAACCGGAGGUGUGAAGAAGCCACACAGGUUCCGUCCAGGAACCGUCGCGUUGAGAGAGAUCAGGAAGUACCAAAAGAGUACGGAGCUUUUGAUCAGAAAACUGCCGUUCCAGCGACUUGUUCGUGAGAUCGCUCAGGAUUUCAAAACGGAUCUGAGGUUUCAGAGUAGUGCCGUCGCUGCUCUCCAGGAAGCUGCUGAGGCGUACCUCGUUGGGUUAUUCGAAGAUACUAAUCUCUGCGCGAUUCACGCCAAGAGAGUCACUAUUAUGCCUAAAGAUAUCCAAUUGGCGAGGAGGAUUAGAGGUGAGAGAGCUUGA